CUCUCUCUCUCUCUCUAUCGAGCGAAAGGGUGAAAAAACGAGCGAAAUGGUUGAUGAGAGUUGAAAACCCUAGAGAGAGAGAGAGAGAGAGAGAGAGAGAUGGAAGAGGAACUGUUCGCGUCGAAGCCGAGAUCGUACAGAAUGGAUCGGAAGUCGGCGGAGGCGAUCAAGCUCAGGGACGCCGUCAACAGGAAGCUCUUCGAUUUCUUAGGGAAUUACACCGAUGAUGUCCUCGCGGAGUACAUUGUAGUGCUUGUUUGUAAUGGCAAAAGUCAGAAUCAGGCACGUAACGACCUUGAGGCAUUUCUUGGUGAAGACAGUGGAACAUUUGUUACAUGGCUUUGGAAUCAUCUCGCAAAAGAAAAUUAUAUUUCAAGGACACUUGAUGCAUCAAAUCUUAAAGCUGACAUCACAAGCAGCUAUGAUAUUUUGAAUAAAGAACAGAAAUCUGGCACCAUGCCAAGUCUUCAUAUCCUGUCAACUCGAAAGUCUGAUAUUCAAUUGCCUGAAAGUGGGAUGUAUGAUCGACCAUACUGUUCCACAAACUGUGAUGGUUCAAACAUUACUGAAAUUCCAGAGAGCCUGCAAAGGUGGUGCCCCAGCAUGAAUGGCUAUUUUACGGAAGGGAUGAAUGAGAGAUUAAAAGAUCAUUUAAAUGAAGUGAGUCCCAAGAGAUUAGCAAAUGAGCAUUCUGGUGCAGCUAAUAGCACUGGUGCCACAAAGCAGUUUUCUUCCAUAGUGAGAUGUGCUCCUGAAAAUUUAACUGAUGAUGAGCAAUUAUAUUAUCAAUAUCAAGAUCAGAAGAUUCCCAAAACUGAUUCUAGCGCACUGCUUCAUCAACCAUUGCCGUCACCAAGGACAGAACAACCUAGAAGGGGAUUGAGAUCUACCCUCACAGAGAAUCACCAACCAAGGCCUCUGCAUGUGAGAAAUUCUGCUAAGAUUAGGCUGCAGUCAGCAGCUGUAGAUUCUGUACGGCAUCAAAUUACCCGACCACGUGGUAAUGUUUGGGAUAGAUUAGGGAAAGCAUGCAAUGAGGAUGAUGCUGAGAUGAGAGAGAAAAGCAAUCUACACAACAGUAAUCUCAGCAGGAGGGAUUUACCAGAUUCUCAAGCGGAAGAGAAUCAAAAUCCUCGGUCAAUGUGGAUUAAGCAAAAUGCUCGAGUAAGCAGCAAUUUAGUCCGGGAGUCAGUUGGAGCUGAUAAUAGUUGUCACAAGGCCAUGUCCGAAGACAGCCCCAAUAAAUGUAGAAAACUGGAAAGUAGUCCCAAUUCUAGGCGGAAGAGACUGUAUAGUGAGUUUGUCUCAGGCAACAGUUCUGCCUCUUCUGUUCGCAAAGAAAAUCAUGUCAAAAUUAAAGAAGUACCUCCAAAGAUGGAAAAUUCGUUUCAGGUCAAGUACAACCGAAGUUUGAGCAAACUUCCAUCUGAAGCUAAACGUUCAACUACAUUAGUUUCUGAUUCAGCACAAAAUUCAGUGAUUCGUGCAAGGGCACAACAUUAUUCUCAAGCAAUUAAAGUCGACCCAGUCAUCUCUGCAAGUGUAGUGCAGAACUCACAAACAGACAGUGCAUCUUCACUUCAGAUAAACAAAAGUGCUUCAGUGACUCGUCAGACAAAGAAACCAGUUCCCAAAAAUAUUCAGUUGCCAUCUAACUCAGAAUCUCCUUGCAAAGCAGAGUGCCCUACUGCAAAUUGCAAGCCAAUUAAAGAUCAAGAUCAGGUUGUAAAUGCGACACUCCGCCAAAUGGAAACAAAAUUGGUUGAGCUUCGGAAGCAGGCAGCAUUAACAGGUGUGCAAAAUCACUCUGAAGAAGAUUUAGAGUCAAGGACUGUUCUUGUAACAAAUGUUCAUUUUGCAGCUCAGAGAGAAGCGUUGCUAGCGCAUUUCAUGAAAUGUGGUACUGUUGCUAAAAUUGUUAUGCUGACAGACACAGUAACAGCUCAACCCAAAGGAGCUGCAUACAUUGUUUUUGCCAACAAGGAUUCAGUUGACAAGGCAGUAUCCAUGAGUGGGACAUCAUUCUUCUCUAGAAUUCUGAAGGUGAUGAGAAAAGCAGAUGUGCCUCCGGAUUUCUUGGUGCCAUCCCAGUCACCCGCAAAGCUUAUUCAAUCAUAUUAUCCUCAACCUCCUUGGAAGGGCUCUGGCCAUUAUACAAGCACUCACCUCCAAUGGAGACGUGAAAAUCCUGCAAAUAGAGGGAGCCCCACACCUGCCUCAUCGAAUGGAUUGGAAUCUUCCACUACAAAGGGAUAGACCAUGACAGGAUAUUUUUGGAGGUAGCAGUUGACUGCAAGCUGGAGAUAAGCUUACUCAUGAUGGUUUCUUAGUUGAAUUGCUAUGUUCGAACUGGGAUCUAAUCUCGUUCAGCAUAGCCAUUUUCCAAGCUGGUACAAUGACCACCCAGUUACCUCAGUUCAGGAUAAUACAUCCACAACCUCAACUUGGAUUCUCUCAUUCUGCACAGAAGAUUGCAGGAUAUUCCAAUAUCUUCCAGUUUCUGGUUUAUUUACAAUGAACUCAUCUCCAGCAAUAUAUUUCAUAGUGAUUCUGCUGUAAUUCAUCCAAUUAUGUCUUCGAGGAAUGAACAUGGAAACGGAAGUGUAUCGGAACAAUUUCUGCUAUCAUUUUUAGAAAUCUUGGUUUUAACUGGAUCAAUCUCAUACAGACAUAGUUUUUACUGUCUGCUCGUUGUACAUCAGAGCCUUUUGUAAACCUGAGCAAGCUCGGAGGAAUACCUUGUAAAUAUGUGACUUACUUUUGAGUUUGGACUUUAUUGGUGGUUAUUUCAA